GUCGAGUUCUGCAUUGAGGUUGUCAUGUAAAUUGGUUUUGCCAAACCAUGUCAUUAGUAGGCUAUAGAAGCUUUGCGAACACAGUGGCCACUUCAUUGCACACAAAGUUUACAGCUUAUUGUCGUUUUCGAAGACGUGUGCAAUGAUGCCAUUUGAGGUGCUUUUCGUUGCUGGCGAUAAAGCCAACUGCCGGAGGUCCUGGUACGUCUUGGGCAAGCAGGUGUCGCCAGCGUGUGCGAUGGCUUUGCUGGGUAUGGGCAAUGAUCGGUUAAGCCGGAUAUUGCAAUUUAGACGGGAUAUGCGGAAGUCUGACGGAAACGUAAUCAAGCGAACAGCUCGAAAGAGAAGAGCUAUAAACAUGUUCUUGCUUGGUGUGUACAUGAAGUCAGCUGGCAUGCUGCCGAACAAGUUUCAGCGAGCAAGUCGCAGCAAGAAGUCUCAUGAGAAGAUCACAGUGGUAUUUGAGUCGGUGGAUGACCACGAGUCAGAGGCCGAGAGCACAUCAGAUGAAGGAGAUCACGACGAGGUUAUCCCAGAAGAGCCCAUCGAAAAGGACCAGGAACUGCGACUUCACGUGCUCGGCAUGAACUCCUUUUUCACAUCAUGCGUGGAAACAAACUUCGCCAGCAACAUCAAGAAUCUACCUGUCCGGUAUUUGCCGCCAGGAACCAUUCAUAUGUUGUGGAUGAACAUGCAAACAGAGAGGAAAGGCGACGGCAUAUCGUACAACCAUUUUUGGCGUACCUUUCGCCAGGGCUGGAGCAAUCUGCUCCGUUUUGUGGCUCCAUCCACACACGGGGCCUGUGAUGUUUGUUGCGGAUUCAAAUCCGACUUCAAACGGCAGCUUGACCCUCAAACCAAGUUUGAGACAGCUCGCUGUUACCGACAUCAUUUGGAAGAGGUCGGUCGGGACCGUGACCUGGAGCAGUUUCUCCAAGCUAGCAACACUUUGGAGAGAAGUGGACAUCCAUUGGCAAUGCAUUGGGACGGAAUGGACCAGAGCAAAUGGAGAAUCCCACGGUAUCAUGGCCCCAAUGGACAGCGCCCUUUGAAGUCAACGAUGAACCUGCAACGACCACAGCUCAAAGUGCAGGGCAUAUGGAUCUUUAACGUUUUGCUGGACCUUUACGUCCUAGAUCCUCGAGUGGCAGCUGACUCAACCACGGUUCUGGAGACCGCAAGUCGCUCAAUAGACUUUGCUUUGCAGCUGUGCGAUGAGCUGAGAGUUCCCCGCCCCAACCAGCUUUUGGUUUGGGCUGACAAUUGCGUGAGGGAGAACAAGAACGGGCAACUUCUGCGGUUCUUGAGCUGGUUAUGUGCGACUCACAGGAUGAGGAUGUGUGGGUACUUCUUUUCAAGAGUGGGCCACACGCAUUCAGCGUGUGACCAAAUCUACGGAUUGAUCGCGACGGCCAUGAAGUACAUUGACAUUUUGUCAGAUGGUCUUGACGUCGCAGCGAAGAUCGAGAACGUCUUGAACCGCAUCGGGGUCAGGCAUUGGAUAGGACAAAAGGCACGAAUCCGUGUGCAGUACAUAUCCGGUGUUCGGGAGUUCAAGAACUGGUGCUUUGGUUCAAAUGUUUCAAGAAUUUUAUGAUGUUCGUUUUGUGACUUUGUUCAACACAUGUUGCACAGUUUUGAAGCUUGUGAGUAUGAGAUGCAAUGUGAUUGCCCUUUGAAACAGUGUAAGGCUAUCGGCUGCACCGGUGACAUUUGCCGGGGGUCUCAAAACGGACGAGACGGGCCUGCACGCGUUCAUCUUUAUGCGCCGCUCAGACCUCCCUGCCAACAUCAACAUCGUCGCCCACGGUCGGGGUGCGGCCUAUGAGACUCACGAAUCUGACGUGAUCCUGAUGGUCAAACGCAACGCUUCGGACGAUGGAUUGUGUCAGGAGCCAAUGUUGGCGUUUCCAUACCGGUACGUUGCCCGAUUUGGCCCUUUGCCCGCUGAGCCACGAAGCCUAAAGCUGAUCAAACCCGCCAAAAAGAAAGACUACUUGGCUUUGGCCCAAAUUUUGCUUCGGACAAACCCGUCGGAAGCAACUCGGAGGGCAGUAGAGUUUUUAGUUGGGAUUUGCACUGGCUUAGACCCAGAGGCUGUUCCGACCAUUAAAUGGUUGGAGGAAGAGCCUCGAGCACCCGCUAUAGAUUUGGGGGGGGCUCUCGGUGCUUGACAGGGUUGCACCAGCUAUGCGACUUCGGGCCCACCUGCGGCCGUAGCCUGAAGGAAGCUUUUGAUCUUGGCCUCCC